AUUCCAGAUGGCAUUCAUAGCUAGCAUUUUGUUCCUUGUGUACAGCACCAUUGCUGUCGAUGCCUUAUUGAAGGAGUGUCCUCCUUUAAAAUCAGCAUCAUGCACCUGCUCCAUCAAGUGGGGUCCCUUAGUAACUUGCUCUAAAAUAACAGAUGUAAAAACAUUGAAGUCAGCUCUUGAAGAGCUGAAAGGUUACUCUGUCGACCUAACACUAUCCGAGGUCGAACUUCCUGAAUUAGCACCAGACACAUUUCAAGGAUUGCAUAUUGAGCUUCUCACUUUGGACAAAAUCGAAGUUGCUUCAUCAGAUGUUAUACAAUUCCAAGGAUUAGAAAAGUCUUUGACAAUGCUUGUAAUUGACAACAGUUUUAAAAAGAAUCCACUUCCAGGUUUGAAGUUAGACAAUCUUAAGAAUUUAAAGUCUGUGAUGAUGACGGAUAAUAACAUUGAUGAUUUAACUAAUGACUGGUUUGCUGGUGGCUCAAAAAAACUAUCUACUAUUUUGCUACAAAGGAAUGAUCUUAGGACACUAGGAGACAAAGCCUUCCAAUCCUUAGAUGGCCUGCAGAUACUUUCGAUUACUGGAAAUUCUUUUAGAAAAAUAUCAAGAUCUGUGUUCCCUUCAAAUUCUAAAGUGCUAGAAAAUAUUGAUUUAUCGAACAAUAAAAUAAAAGAUAUUCCCUUUGGUUUGUUCAGCAAUAUGCCUCAAUUGGCGUACGUCAACUUGGCAAAUAAUUGGAUUAAUACAGUUGAAGAGGAUGAAACCAUAUUGAAAAAGACACAAAUACAUUUAGUAGGAAAUCCAUUGAAAUGUGAUAAAAAUCUUGAGUGGAUCUGUAAGAAUGAAGUCUCUUUGGAUAUCAAUACUGCUAAAUGUGAUUCACCUAAUUCAAUGAAGGAAUACUCUUUGAAAGUGUUUUGCGACGUAGCUGGAAAACAGGAUUAAUAAUUUCGACGAAGGAUAAAAUAUAAUUUAUGAUGAUUAGUAAUAAGAUGACAAACAUAUCAAGCAAUGAUAGUGUGGUAUAUCAUAUUUUUUGCAAAAUAAAUUAAAUUCUUUAUAUGA